GUAAUGAGCUCAUAUCCAGGUCGUAGCGAAUAUUUUCUUCGGAUGGUCGUAACAUGGUUGGAACGAAGUCUCGGAACUCAUAUUUUCUUAUCGUCAAUGUAGCCAAACGGAACGAGCAGAGGUUCUCGGCGUGACCUCCAUGACUCGUGAUCAGAUGACCCCUGCCAUUCAUGUCAUUCAAUGUUGAUGCUCCCCUUGAUAGCGUAGGUGGUACCGCCCGGUUCCUUUGACUCCUCCUGUUUAAAUAUUCACCAUUUCCUGCCAUUCACUCGCCAUUUGCUACUGAACAAACCGCCAACCUGCUCCUUUCCCUGAACCGGAAAUCCACGGCCCCCCUCCCGCCAACAAAGCGGCCGCGUAUGUAGGCCACCCCUCACGCUCCUGCUAGUUAUCGAUACGACAACCCCUCGCCGCACUCCACCUCGUCCUAGCUAGGUACCUACGUACCCUAUCAAUCACCACUUUCCGCUCUACCUCGAUUUCCCCCAUCUCUUCACCACUUGCCACCCGCUCCUCCAACCUUUCGACAAUUUAAACUCCCCGUCCCAUACCAUACACCUGAGCAAAGAAGCCGAAGAACCAAAGGCCAUCAUGAGUAGCCCAAAGAGACGCAUCGAGACGGAUGUCAUGAAGUAGGUGCACUUGGUGCUCCCUUGACCCAUGGGCUUAAAUGGAACGCUGACGCGUGUAUAGGAUGUACGUGAAGAGCAUGCAAACACUGCUCGUCCUUUUGCGCCUCCAACCUCUCAAGCUGACAUAGCAAAGGCUCAUGAGCGAUUAUGAGGUCACUCUCAUCAACGACAGCAUGUUCGCAAGAGUUCUAUGUUCGAUUCAAGGGGCCGGAAGAGACACCCUUCGCCGGCGGCCUCUGGAAGAUCCAUGUCGAACUCCCCGAUCAAUACCCUUAUAAGAGCCCGAGCAUCGGCUUCGUGAAUCGAAUCUUCCAUCCCAACAUUGACGAGUUAUCUGGCUCCGUCUGUUUGGACGUCAUCAAUCAAACAUGGUCACCCAUGUAUGACAUGAUCAACAUAUUCGAAGUCUUCCUCCCUCAACUCCUUCGCUACCCUAACCCGACCGACCCUCUCAACGGAGAGGCCGCUGCCUUGUUGAUGCGGGAACCCAAGAACUAUGAUAUCAAAGUCAAGGAGUACGUUCAAAAGUAUGCUUCCAAGGACACCGCGGAGGACUCCGACAAGGAUAACGAAGACGACGAUGAGAUGAGCUCAGUAGGUAGUUACGAGUCUGGCGAUGAAGAUGAAGCAGCUGGCAAUAUGGAUGACAUCUAGAAGACGGGCGAUCCACAUCAAUUGCCAAUAUCUCCUUCCUAACACAUUUUCAACCAUUGGGCAUGGGCGGGCUCGGCCAGCGUUCAAGGCGUACUGGCUGUCGCAUAUUUGCAUCAUCAUACAUAUUCCCCACGGUACUCGGUCACCAGCUGUCAUUGGUUUGGUUUGGGUUUCUGCUUGUGUUUCUUCGUCCUUUUCAUUCGAGGACUUUUUGGGUCGGUGAUAUUUUGGUUACCAAGUGAUAUAUAUUGAGUGAGUCAGGAGAGGUGAGAGACCUCAGUCCGAGAUGCAGCAUGAUUAUGUAUAACUUAAAGAAUACUCCAAUCCUAUUAACCAUUGGUCAAUCCACUUUGUGCGUCUGUAUCUUUACUGACGUGUCACGAGUUUCCUCCAAUGAACACAUGCGCACUUGGCAGAACGAACAUUGAAGGGUUUGGCUAUGCAGCCUUACCCUUCGGCUCAUCCAUCUUCCAUCAACCAUCUUCUCGAUUCUCACUUCUCACUUCUUCUCAUCACUUUCAUGUAAGAAGACGGC